UUGAAGGCCUCAAAAUCAACUAGAGCCCACCAUCCUAAUUACUGUUCUUGUGCAUGCAUGUGAGGAUUUCUACUCGCACUAUAAUAUGAGCCAGUCCUUCAUCCAUUUUUUGCAAGAACAGAUCCCCCCAUGGCUCCCAACAAAAUCCUCUGCCUCUCCCUUCUACUUGCAGCUGCUGCUGCAACUCUCGCAGCAGCUACUGGCGGCAAGCUGUCGCCAGCAUAUUACUCGACGACCUGCCCGAAAGCAUUGGCCAUAGUACAAGCUGGCGUUGUGGCAGCUAUACAGAAAGAAACACGGAUUGGGGCAUCACUACUUCGUCUCCAUUUCCAUGACUGCUUUGUUAAUGGCUGCGAGGCUUCCAUUCUCUUGGACGAAACUGCAAGCAUCGCUACUGAGAAAACUGCAGUUCCUAACCAAUCAGUGAGAGGGUAUGAUGUGAUUGAUAACAUCAAGGCUGAGUUGGAGGAGGCUUGCCCUGGAGUUGUGUCUUGUGCUGAUAUUCUCACCUUGGCUGCCAGAGACUCUGUGGUUUACCUGGGUGGGCCUUCCUGGGAAGUGGACUUGGGAAGAAAGGAUUCUUUGACAGCAGGCAGAGCUGCCGUCAACACUUCCAUCCCUCCGCCUACUUUCAACCUGACCGCUCUUGCCGCGAGUUUUUCAGCACAGGGUCUUUCUUUCCGCGACCUUAUUUCACUUUCAGGUGGGCACACAAUAGGGGUAGCAAGAUGUGUGUCAUUCCGAGGGCACAUCUACAACGAUUCUGAUAUCGAUCCUUCGUUUGCCGAAUCGCUGCAGCAAAUCUGCCCGAGAAGUGGGAGCGAUGGUGUGCUUGCCCCUCUUGAUCUCAAGACUCCAACUCACUUUGACAACUGCUACUACAGAAACUUGCUUCGCAAGCAAGGCCUGCUUCACUCGGAUCAAGAGCUCUUUAGUGGCAAUUCUGAAGCGGAUUCUAUCGUUAGAACUUACGUCAACCAACCUUCCGUGUUCUUCAAGGACUUCGUCCAAGGUAUGAUAAAAAUGGGCAACAUCAAACUCCUCACGGGAAGCCAGGGAGAAGUCAGAACAGAUUGCAGAAAAGUUAAUUGAGGACAUGGAUCAAUGUUUAUGUUAAAGCUGCUUUAACUGCCCUAGUUAUAAAUAAGCAGUGAAAAA